UACAGAUAGUAUGGACGUGCAGGUGGCUCCUCUCCGACCCUGGGAGGAUUUCUUCCCUGGCAGCGACCGCUUCGCCGUGCCCGACUUCAAAGACAUCUCCAAAUGGAACAACAGAGUGGUCAGCAACCUCGUCUACUACCAGACCAACUAUUUGGCCAUGGCAGCCGCCGUCAUCUGCCUGGUGGGAUUUUUUAACCCAUUUGGAAUGCUUCUGGGCGGCACCAUCGUAGUUCUGAUCUUCUUGGGCUUUGUCUGGACGUCCCACAAUAAGGAUUUCUUCCGCAAAUUUAAGAAGCAGUAUCCCACUGUGUUUAUCCUGGCGAUCAUGCUGUCCAGUUACUUCAUCAUCUCGCUGUUCGGGGACGUAAUGGUGUUUGUGUUCGGAAUCACCUUCCCGAUGUUACUGAUGUUCAUCCACGCCUCUCUGAGACUUCGGAACUUGAAAAACAAAGUGGAGAACAAGAUGGAGGGCAUUGGGCUAAAGAAGACUCCCAUGAGCAUUGUCCUCGAGGCUCUUGAACAACAAGAUGAAAACUUUGCUAAAAUCUCAGACUUCAUUAGCAAAGCAAAAGAAUAAAAAGACUCAUUAAGCUUCUGUG